AUGAUCGUAUAUUUAGUUUGUGAUGAUGCGAUGCAGUUCCUCGAUGAACUAACAAUUUAUGAUGGGUGUGAACCAUCGCUUGUUAUCGGCUAUAUCGCAUUGGUUCGAGAGGUUUAUUCGCAUGCUUGUGCGAACUUGAAACAAAUGGACAUUGGUGAAGAAGAAAGGAAGAGGCGAAUGUUCUAUCAAUGGCAACAGAUUGAACGACAUUUUUCAAAGGUGAAACACAUCAUAAAAAAAUUUUGGCCGAUUGGGAAUGAGAGAGAUUUACUGACCAUAUAUCUAACACUGGCUCUUCUUUACUCGCUCUACAAGGAUGUUUGUGAUGAGGAAGUGAUAAAAGAGUGUUAUGAGGCGUCACAACGUGCUCGCAAUUGCGGUAAAUACAAAUUGAGCAGGUAUGAAUUCAGUGAGGUGCAACAAUAUUGUGAAACCAUCGAGAACAUAUUCUUCCUUCGUAAUCAACGCAUCCACAAUGGACACAGUGAAUUCAUCGGUAACAACAAGCAGCAAGAUGCUGCAACUCAGCAAGUGCAAUCUGCUGAUCACAAUGAUCCACUGUGGUCAUCAUCUCACUCAGCAGUUUUGUACCAACGACCGAUGGACGGAAAAGCGAUCCUCGCCGAAUACGGUAAAAUGACCUAUCAUGACAACACAAAGUUGAGUAAAGCAAUCCAAAGAGCUAGAGCUUAUGCAGCCGCUGUUAAAGUUUUAACGAAUGCAAAGGGUUCGACUUUUCCGAGUGGUACGAUCCGAACUGAUCAUCUACCCUCUCCGAUCAGUCCUUCGUCAACUCCUAGUUCACUUGUGCUACCAGUUCAGCCGACACAAGUCAAAGAAAGCAAGAAGAUAAUGAUGAGUGAAAAUGAAAAUGAUGAGGAGUGCAUAAAGCAACUAGUGAACAAUAUCGCUGAAACAGUGAAAUAUGAGGUGAAAAAUGCCAAACAGCCAACUGAUAAUCGUGUAGCAAAAGAGAACGGAGAGGUGAUUAGCGGCGCAGAUAAGAAAGCAUCCGCGAAAUUAACCGAUGAAAAGCGUGUAAGUGAUGUGAAGGGGAGUGCUGAAAGUGCAUUGUCAAAUGAAAGUAGUGCAUCGAAACGAAUCAAUUUAUCUCCUUCUUCAGUUACGACAUCGAAUCGAACAGAUCGAGACAAUUUCAAUGUGAAUGCUAAUGAAAAUCUAUUGCUUGUCACUGAAACAACAACGAUCGAGACAUUCGAAACGCGAGAACCAAUAGAGAAAGUUGAUAUUCGGCUUGAAACGGCGUCCAAAGCUCGUCGGAAAGCGCUGAGGCGAAAGGUGAUGGUAGAGAACUAUGCCGAGAUUCGAUUGAGUACUGAAGAACCACCGAAUGUGAAGAAA